UUAGAUAUCACCCUAUGAAUCGAUAUCUGAUAUUUGUCAGCUGAAGAGAAAAAAAUCAUUCGAAGUAAUUAUCAUUUUACUUAGCCGUAUAAGAUGGAGAUGCAUGUCAUCUUACAAAGUAGCGGUUUGGAAAAGGCUUAGCUAGCUUUUAGAUAAAGCGACGUAAUGGCGGACUCAGCUGGUGUUUUCACGACUGCAGCGCUGUCUGUUCUGAUUAUUGUGGGAAUCAUUGGAAACUCAAUGGUCUGUAUUGUCAUACUAAAACAUCGAGACAUGAGAGUUCCCAUCAAUUAUCUUCUUGUGAACUUGGCCAUCGCAGACAUCAUGUAUGCUACAUUUAUCGCCCCGCAGUACAUCUUGAGUCAGACGUUCACCCAUCCAGGCAGAGUUACCGGUGAAGUUUUGUGCAAGUUGUUGACUGGUGGGAACUUCGCGUGGGUGGGGGCGGCCUCUUCUGUUUUCACUUUGGUGAAUAUCUCAAUUGAACGUUUUUAUGCGGUGAUACAUCCUCUGGGCAAUAAAUGGAAUCUUUCCGAACGCAAACUCAUGGUGAUCAUUCCCGGUGCUUGGAUAUUUUCUGCGAUUGUGAACGCUCCAGUUUUCUUGGUUGUUGAAUUUAUCGAUGAAAGUGGUGCAUGUGAAAGGAUAUGGCCUGAAAAAUGGAUGCCAAGGGCUUACAAUUUGGCGUGGUUUGUCGUCAUGGCAAUAAUUCCCUUGACAGUGAUGGCUGGAUUAUAUUCCAGAGUGGUUUACAGGUUGUGGUUUCAACCUUCUGAGGACAUUGAACUUACUCGACGGCAAAAGGGUGUUUUGAGGCUACGCAAGCGAGUAACUUUGGCAGUCGUUGUUGUAAGCGUUAUCUUCGGAGUCUGCUGGAUUACAGACUCUAUUGUCUAUAUCGUGAGCCAUUUCAACACCAAAAGCUUUGGUCCUGCUGUGUAUGCUGUUUCCAACACGAUGAUCAUGUUUAACUCAGCCGUGAAUCCGUUUGUUUACGGUCUUGUGAAUGAAAGAUUCAGACAAAAAAUCAAGAGCAUGCUCGGCUGUACAUUUUCUUCCCGAGUGAGGAUCCAUGACUCCAGGGUGAUAAAUUCCACGGAAAUGAGAAACAGUACCAACAGCCGUUAUCAUGGAGAGGGAUGCUGACUUUAACGUGCAUGCAAACAGACAUGGAGUCAUGCGAUGACUCCAUGUCUGUACUGACCUCUCUGCGUUGAAAGAUUGUUCAGUCGCCACUUUUGCGAGAAACUCCAAAAUUAAGUCUUACACCCCAUUCACCACAAAUCUUAACCAUGUUUAAGCCUUUUAAAGCUGUUUCGUUAGGCACCAUUGAGAUAUAUUUUCUUCAUAGAACCUUCUUAAAUCUAUGUUUGUCGACGUCUUAUGUAGCACAUUAGAAAUACAAGUUAGAGAUUAUUUACGGUCUUGUGUGAAUUGGCUAUAAUAUAAAUAAGUAUUCCUUUCUGAUUCGUGCAUUAUGAAUUUAAAAAGCAAAACUAAACUAAAGGACAUAAAAACAGAAUGAUUUUACGCGAUAAAGUACAGGUUUCUGCUUUGUGGUCAACGGGAAUGUGAGUAUAUACAAAAUAGAAAGCAUAUUCCAUGGAGAGUGUGCACGAACGAUUUUUCCUCAUGAGUUGCGAUGCAUGAAAAAAGGAACGAGUGAACGCAGCGAACGAGUGAGUUUUUGAUCAUCGCAACUCGUCAAUAAAACUCGUUCAAGCGCUUUCCAUGUUAUGACGUUUCUAUUUCAUAAAUGUUCAUACUGAAGUUUUUUUCUCCCUGACACACAUUUCAAAGAUUAGAGGGAAAAAUACAUCGCUCGCCCAAUCAGAGACAUGAACGAUAGUACUUACAAAGUAAACCUCAAUAUGUAUGAAAUAAAAGCCGUUCUUGACCUUAUUUUUUUGUUGCGAAAAUUAAUUUGAUUAUUGCUAUUACUGUUUUUUUUUUAUUAUGUUUCCAGAAAAUAGGCUUCCAUUAGUUUGUUCAUCGUUGUAAUAUACUGAGGGCAUCUUGAGUAAACUCUCCCUGACAUGUUUGCAUUGGGUAGCCGUCAUUUCAGGGGAAAACGACUCCCCACGGGUUAGGUCAUAGUGUUACUAAUAGUGUCGAUUUCUGUUGGAGACUGUAAUUAAAAAUAUAUAUACACAUAUCCAUGCUUUUUUUAUGUUUUUGAUCUCUUUGUUAUUAUCACUGAAAACCAAAAAGAAGAAGAAACGUUGGAUAACUUUAUAUUUUUUACUGUAUGCAGAUAAUUUAGUUUAUUCAUACAAAAUUCAUAUUUUGAGCGGAGAUGUGUGAUCUGGCUUUGAUAAUUUUGUUAUUCCAAAUGACUCCUUUCUAAAUACAGAAUCUUCAAUAACAAGGCAAUUAUAUGGCUUAGACGUUGAUGUAACACCUUACUUUUGCGACUUUUUGGUUUUCAGUAGAAGUGAACCUGACAAACUCCAUAGCUUUAAACCUCAUUUGCCAUUUUAUAUAUAGUUUGCGUCUUACCCAUCAUGACCAGUAAGUGAAUACAAAGUAAAUUCUGUUAACAACUGCGGGAAUACUCUGCACCAUCAGUGGAGAAUGAU